CUCCUUCUCUGUCUCCCUCGUAUCCAACACUGGGCUCAUUCGUCUAUUUCGCAUCGAAGAGAAGAAACGUGAUCAACAUUCCCGUGUUUCGUUGAACUCGUUGUGCGCGCGAGUGACACGGCUGCUUUUAAUGAUCGCGGCCGCGGCAAGUACUGCUCGUUUGUGCUGGUCGUAUCGUCUGAGUCGUUCACCGGCGCGUGGAUAUCCAGAGUCGAUGGUCAAUCAUCGAUGAUCGAGACGCAACGGUAAUAUUUGCUCGAUCCCGACGUACGAAGCAGCCGGUUGUCAUUAUUACACGUAACCUAAAAGGAAACAACAGACGGAACGAGGGAUGACAAGAAGCAGCCGCGCAUUGGAACGUUGGUGGAUGUGAAAUAACACUUGAGGCUAUCGUCUUCAACGCACGCGACGCAUCUCGCUGGCCAUUUUUCUCCGUCGCCCGAUUAAACUGUUGCACGAACGAACGUCGGACCCCGUAUUUCGUAUCUAUGCUACCCGACACGAGAACAACGGAUUAUCGUUACUUUGUACCGGCAGCGUAUUUAUCGAACGAUUCAAUGGAGAAGCGGGGAACAAGAGUACAAUCAUGCGUCGCUGUACCUUGAAACGUCACAGAUCACGCUGGACGAACUCUUGAGCGGGAUCACAAGACGCGCUGCUGCUACCGAAGCAUUCAACCUGGCGGAAUCGUCGAAAAAACGCAAGACGUACCUCGGGGAGCACUGGCUCACGCUCACGCGAAUAUGAGCAUGACUCUCGUCCGGAAUACGUUCAAAGGUUGCAGCGAGGACGAGGCAGCAGGUGUCGUGAACGCGGAGGUGGGCGGAGGUUGCUUGGCCGGGGCGCCAACCACAGGAAGUGGCGCUGGAGGUGGUAGCGGGACAGGUAGCGAGUCCAGUGGUGGUGGUGCAGGCGGUGGUGGAGCAGGAACAGGAACCGGAGGAGGCGGCCGUGGCGGUGGCGGCGGCGGCGAGGGCGGAUCGACGAAGCAGGGUGGCGAGAGGUGUCCACAGUGCGGCUUCCUCUGUCGGGACGUCCACGUGCUUCAGCUCCAUCUCGAGGACACGCACAAGACCUCGUACGCCAUCGACAAGAACGAUCUCAACGCUCAAUUCCCCCAAGUGUCCUGCAAGGUGUGCAGCAAGACCUUUGCUAACGUCUACCGACUCCAGAGGCACAUGAUCAGCCAUGAUGAGAGUGCCGUGCUUCGUAAGUUUAAGUGUCCCCAUUGCGAGAAAGCCUUCAAGUUUAAGCAUCACCUCAAGGAGCACCUCCGCAUCCAUAGCGGUGAAAAGCCAUUCCAAUGCAACAACUGCGGCAAACGUUUCUCCCAUUCGGGCUCGUAUUCGAGUCACAUGACCUCGAAGAAGUGCCUGAUAGUGAACUUAAAGAAAUCCAGGCAUACGAAUGUGAGCAACGUGGAUCGCGGCCCGAAAAAGGCGCAACAACCCCUGCCGCCGGGACGGCGCGAGGUCGAUCUGCUCGCGGCGAAUAAUAACACUUUCCUCCCUAUUCUGCCGAAGCUUUCACCCUCGGAUUAUCAGGAGAUACAACGGGAAGGAGCGGGUAUUUACGAUAUGCCGACCCUCCUACCGCAAAUGAUGGGCUUCGGCAGCUACUUUCUGCAGGCGUCCUUGGGCAAAAUCUUAAAUCAGCUACAUUCCAAGAGAUUGGACGAGGUAGCCGAGCAAUUCGAGUCCCAUCGGGAGCUUAUGAGCCCGUCCACCGCGGACUCUGAGGGCACAGAGGGCACGGAGGGUAAGGAAUCACCGGCACCGACCGAUCCUCAGGGUCUGGACGCGGUUCGACGUAUCCUUGAAACGGUGAACACCUCUGUCACGAAGCAGCUGCUCGAGGCGAACGUACGAAAAUUGUCCACCUCGCCAGCCACGAUGAAACGGGAGUUCGAGGAGGACUAUCAAGAUCAAGACAGCGAGAUGUCCAGCGAGAUGGCACACUAUCCAGACUGGUCAGCGACGGAUCAAUAUGAUUCGCAGAGCGAAGGUUUAGCAGCGAAACUCGAGGACGUGAAUCAGCCCAGUGCGAAAUCAGGUUGCAAGAGAAAAACAGAGGACAGCUCGGAGGUAGACUCGGAGGACGAGGAGGAUGGUACACAGACGCACAACGAUAACGGGAGGAGAGUUAGGGCUAGAUCAUUGAUAGACGACGAGCAAUUGGCUGUCCUCAAGGGUUACUAUGCUAUUAAUCCUCGACCCAAGAAGGAAGAGAUCAUCAUGAUCGCCAACUACAUCAAUUUUCCUACUCGUGUCGUACAGGUUUGGUUCCAAAACUCCCGGGCGAGGGACCGACGAGAAUCGAAGAUACCACCUUUAGUACCGUUGGCAAAUUCGACCAGUCAGACCACGUACGAACAACCAUUAGAUUUGUCGAAGAAGGAAGUUCUCACGGAAUCGGCGUGCAAAGACAAUGACUCUGUCUGUGUAAAAUACACAUCGUCAUCGCCCAUUGAACACAAGAACGAGAACGCACCGUCGCAAAAUCAAGACGCGGAUGAUCUAGAGGAUUCGCCACUUGUUAUUGACGAGGAGACCACCGAUUCUGUGGAAACGAAACGUACGGCUACAACCGGGGGAGAAAUUGUUCCAAAGAGUCAACCUCAAACAAAUGUAAAGAACGAAAACGAAAUCGCGAGUCAACCAGAGGCUUCGCCAGCGGCGGAAAUCGAGCAGGGUGUCUACUUCUGUGAUCGGUGUGACAAAACAUUCUCCAAGCACAGUUCCCUAGCAAGACACAAAUACGAACAUUCCGGGCAAAGGCCGUACAAAUGCUUGGACUGCCCAAGGGCGUUCAAGCACAAGCACCAUCUGACCGAACACAAGCGACUGCACAGCGGCGAAAAGCCCUUCCAGUGCUCCAAGUGCCUCAAGCGCUUCUCUCACUCCGGCUCCUACAGCCAACACAUGAAUCAUCGUUUCUCUUACUGCAAGCCGUAUAGAGAAUAGAAGUAUUCCCGCUAGUUGAAAACGAAGACUCUCUCGCUGACUUAGCUAAGUAUGUACGGUCCUUUUUUCCUUCCACGACACGGGACUCGGCAUUUAAAAAACUUCGAAAAGGAAAUAAUUAUGUCUCGCGUACCAACGCGUGGGAAGCACGUUAGGAGAAUAGGAAAGACCUGACGACGAAUUUUUCCAAACGAGAUCUCACGCACGCAUUUUAGACCGCGAGAAGGCUUGCGUGAAACGCAGCAGAUAAUAAUUAGAGCCUAAAAAUAUAUUUAGCUGAAGAUGUUGGAGGAGGAUACGAAAAGAAAAGAGGAAAAAGAAAUACAGUGCGAUUUCGGAAUGAAAAGAACGGAAAAAGAAUAAAAGAUUGAAUAAUAUAUUGUACUAGAAGUUAAAGAAGAUCGCGACUCUGUUCGAGCAACAGCAGUAACAACAUCGUCCAAGUGUCACGUGAGUUUCUUCUCGAGUUCGUUCUCGCGCUGAAAGAAAGAGGAUAAAAAGAAAAAAAGAAAAAGGAAGCAGAAAAGUAAAAAGUAAAAAAAAAAAAUUCGCAGCGACUUCGGGUCGACGAGCAUUAAAAAGAAACCAAACAAUACGCAACGGUACCAAAAAUGCAUAAUGCAAUAAUCUAUUAUAUAUUAUAUAUAAUAUACAUAAUAUUUUAGUAUUUUUAUUAACAAGAUUAUUAUAUAUACCAUGACAAUAAUAAGGAAACUAAUUAACGUACAAAUUUGUUAGCCACGUUCGCACGGGGCACGCGAUACAUUCAGUCGCGACGCGCAAACUGGCGAAGGGAUAUGGCGACGCCAUAAAGAAUUUCAUUUUUGAAGGAGUUGCGCGUGUGCAAUUGGAUAUUUCAUGGAGAACGAAAUGGAAUUCGAAAUGUAUUCUUUGCACGAGAGGAAUCAUAUUUAAUAAUCGGAAAACUUAUCCUUUGGAUAUUUUUUAUCAAUUUGCCGUUACUCGAUAAUUACUUUGCAAGUAAAGAAAAGUUAAUAAAAACUAUCAAAGAAUAAUCUCUCGUUUCUGAAAAACCAGAUCAGACAUGAUGUUCUUCAGCCGAUUACGUGACAAUGUCUCAAUUUCUUCAUUCACAAGUAUUUUCGGACAAUAACAAAUUCAGAAGGUAUAACAAAUUUGAGGUAUACAUAUUAAUAUUGAAAAAGCCAACAGAAAAGAAAGGAAAAGAUAAUAAGCGCGCGCGUGCAAUUAGAUAAGAACGAAAACCAAAGCUAAAUGUUCAAGAAGGUUGAAGCACCGGACGGAGAGAGGAUGCAUUUGAAUUUAAAAAACUGAGAGAGCUUAAACGCAAAUUCCGAUGAAUCGCUGAGAACGGAGGCUAGAAUUUCUAGUCGUCCGAACUACUCUCGCGAUCGAGUGCUUUUUGAAGCUCGAUGCAGGAGAUUCGAUCGAGUUACGAUUUAUUAUACGUAGCGUCGAGGUGUUUCUGGGCCUUAUCUAUCGGUGAUCGAUGCCAUGACGAGUAACUUUCAAUCGUUAUGUACUUACUUUAAAAUCCGACUCAUUAUACCAUCGGUAUUCCCAUAAUGUUACGUGAGAGAUUCAAUAUGUAAAUUAAAGAUUUUCUUUUUUAGCAGAUCUCACGAUAGUUUCAUAAUAUCAAAUGUACAUAAAUU